AUGACGAAUUGGAGCAAUGGUGUGGGACCUAAUAUAGAGGAAAAGUUGAUGGAUCAUGUGGCCAGAUCAGAAAGAAUGGAUGUGCAAAAUUAUGGAAUGAACAAUUUCAGGGUCAGAUGGGGAAACCUAGAUGUGCGGGUAAAUCUUGUGUUACGUGAAUGCACCUGCAAAGGUUGGCAAAUACUCAUGAUUCCAGUUGAGACCCAUGACAUCCCUAGGCCAGAUUCCCUUCGAUAUGAAGAUUACUCGUCCACCAUCUUCCUACAACCACCAUUGACAACUCGGCGUGCUGGAAGACCCAGAGGUAGGAGGAUUGAAUCACAAUUCCAGCAGAAGAAAGCGUAUCAUUGCUCAGGAUGUGGUGAAGCUGGUCACACUAGAAAGAUUUGCACUAACCCGAACCCUGGGUGA